AUGGAGGAUCUGUACGAUGGGGUCACCGAUGACGAGGCUGAAGUGAUGCUGCUCCAGCAGCACAUCAACGCCGUUCGCAAGCGCAACCAUGCCCGGAGCCGCUACAUGCGGAGGGGACUCACAGGCUUGGACUGCGUCCCGGAGCGAACUGAUGUUCGCUUCAGCGAGUUCUAUGUUGCUCUGGUGAAAUGGUUGGAUUUACAGCAGAGUAGAGUGGAGGCUCGAAUCGACACCUUCGUUGAUCGUGCCAAGCAGCGUUGCUCCUUGUCUCGCUUCUCUGACGGCACCUUGCUGCUGAAGGCAAAUGCAAAGACUGAUGCUGAAACUCCUUCAGGCUUCAUGAACCUGGACGAGUUCAGAAGACUCAAGAAGGAAGUUGCCGAGUCGCUGACAGGUCCAACCAACAGUCCGCGAGGUGUUGGGCAGAAGAUUCUCCAGCAGAGGCAACGCGAAAAGCAUCCGCAUCAGGGGCGCAAGCGCUUCGAAGCGAAAAAGUCCGAGUUUGCGGACAGCAGCGGUUCCGAGCGGGUGAGCGAUUCGGACUCUCAGGAUGAGGAUUCUGCAGAAAGCGAGGAGGAGGAGGAGCAGUUCCAGGUUGCUGCAGGGCGAAUGCUGUGA